ACAGAAUGCUGGUCCUCCACACUGCCCGGGUUCCGGCUCUUUACUGGUGAAGGUAUGCUCGAGUGUGGUCACUGAGGACAAGUCGAUGAGAGAUUCCUGAAUGGGGAUUUCACUGUGUUGCACAGGCUGAAAUUGAACUUCUGGACUGAAGGAAUCUUCCUGACUCACUCUCCAAAUUAGCUAGGAUUACAUGUGCACCACCACAUCUGGCUACUCCAUCAUUUUUAACCAUGUUGAUACAUCACUGCAGACGUCUGCUCAUCUCUGCUGGUCUGAACUCCUAGAUACUAUGCUUUAGAAAGUAGCCUCUUUCUCCAGAUGCGUGACAGACACAACAUUUGCCUAAGGUCAUUAAACAUCUGGAGGAGCUGCCCAGCUACCUCAACCUGCCACUUCCUAUCACUACAUUCUGGACAUCACACUUGUACCUCCUCCUAAGAGCAACCUACACUGGUAUCUUUCCUACUGGGAUUAGAGAGCUUGCUGCAUCAGAACAGCUGACCCUCCCUGCAGUGCAUGCCAGUGUCCUGACAGAAGAUGACCACUGGUCGUGUCAUCACAUACAGGGCACAGGAAACACCAUUGGGACACCUGCUGUAUCUGCUGAGCUACACGGCUAUUCUAGGGGUGCCAGAUUCACAGUGGGGUGAGAUGGUCACCAGGCCUCAGCCCACAGGGCACCCAACGGACCACAACCUCUCAGUCUGUGGAGAAGGAGAACUCACAAUCCUGGCAAUUAAGCAACUCGGGGGCCACUGGAAAGCCACACUGAGCAAAGGACGAAGACACACCAGGGCUCGAUCUGCAGGACUCCAUUCCUGGGAAGCUCAAGGACAGGCAACAAAGGAAUCUGUGGGCUGCCAGGGUGGGGUGGGCACGAGGGUGGCUGGAGAGGCAGGAGGAUACCGUCUGGGGCAAGGCAGAUGUCACAGGUCUGGACAAAAUGGUAACACAAGUGUAUGCAUUUAUGAAAUCCCUCAGAUUGGGCACAUACUAUUAGGCAUUUUAUUGUAUGUAAAUUCGACCUCAUUUAAGGCAAUUUUUAAAGUAUCAGGUGAGUCUUCCAAGCAGUGCACGGAGCAAAGGAGCCCGAAGCAUGACUGCCUAGGAGAGAAGCAAGAGAGGCCUGUGUGUUCCCACAUUCCUACCGCAGCUGCUGCUCCCUCUCCUGACAUUCCCACUGCCUCCCAGGAAUCUCUGUGCACCUUCCACCGGGCCCCACACACAGUUUCCGUGAGACUCCAGAUAUUCAGAAACUGUGAUCAAGUGCUCCUGGAUGCCCCUGAUAUCUGAAGACCCCGGGAGGUCAAACCCUGUAUUUUUCCCUUUUCUGAGCAAACAGGAAGUCACAUUGCUUUCACAGUCAAAGGACCAGUGUCACCUCUGUGGAGACCCG